UAUUAUUUUGAACUUUUAACCCAAUUUUAAUCACAAAUAAAGCUAGAAGAAAUUCAUAAAAAUGUCAUGCAAUUACGCUGAAGGACUGUCUCCAUACAAACAUAAAGGAAAACUGGGCCUUCCUGAGAAAUUUGAACCUGUAGAUAAAUUAAAAACAAAAUGUGAACUAUUGGCUCUACUCAUUAAUCAGAGCAAGCAUGUUGUAGUUCAUACGGGAGCCGGUAUCAGCACUUCAGCAGGAAUACCAGAUUUCAGAGGACCGAAUGGAGUUUGGACAUUAGAAAAGAAAAGAAAGAAACCAUCAACUAAUGUAUCAUUUACUGAUGCAAAGCCAACCAAAACUCACAUGAUUUUGAGGAAAUUAAUUGAAUGUCAAAAAGUACAUUUUAUUAUCAGUCAAAAUAUUGAUGGUCUUCAUUUGAAAUCAGGUCUGGAUAGAAAAUACAUAGCCGAACUUCAUGGGAAUAUGUUUAUCGAUGAAUGCAAUUUAUGCAAAAAACAAUUUAUACGCAACAGCCCUGUGGAGACAGUUGGUAAAAAGUGCAGUGGUGUUCCCUGUGCUUCUGAACAUAUGGGUGGCCGGCCUUGUCGUGGAAGAUUGUAUGAUGGAGUUCUGGACUGGGAACACAGUCUUCCUGAAAAUGACUUAUUUAUGGCAGAAUGCCAUUCCAGUAUAGCUGAUUUGAGCAUAUGUUUGGGAACAACAUUACAAAUUGUACCAAGUGGUAAUUUACCACUGGAAACUGUAAAAUAUGGUGGGAAGUUAGUAAUUUGCAAUUUGCAACCUACAAAACAUGACAACAAAGCAGAUUUAAUUAUAAACUAUUAUGUAGAUGACAUUCUUGAAAAGGUUAUGAAUAUAUUAGGAAUUGAAAUCCCUAGUUAUAAUGAAAAUGACAAUCCCACUAUAUUGGCUCAACGUAUGGUGAUAGAUUGGACAGUUGAACGGCAAAAUGUUCUUGCUUUGGACAAAACAUUUAAAGCAAAAACUAAAGGGAUCAAAAAGAAAAGAAAAUUAGUAAAAAGCAAAAGAAACAGUUCAGAACUAAGUAUUAACAAUAUAGAAAUAGAUGUGGACAGUAAACCAAAAAUCAUUAAGCUAGAUGAAAAUGACACAAGACAGAAUUAUCCAACAUAUUGCAACCUCCCUCACAGCCAGCAAAAACCAGCAGACAUGCUGGUCACAUCAUACUAAAUUUAGUGUCAACUUAAAAACCAAGUGGCUUGAAAAGCUAUUAAAGUGACGAGAGGCAGCACCAUAUUGUCUACCUGAUGAGUCCU